AGAUGGCACUUCUUGCACUGCACGCGUUGAUUGGGAUAUUUAUUCACUUCAGCAGUGUAAAAGGAUCUUCCCAGCCUCAAGCAAGGGUGUUUUUAACAUUCAAUGAGCUACAAGAAACUAAGACCUCUGAAUAUCACAGAAUAUCCCACAGUCCCCUGGAUUACAGGAUAUUAUUCAUGGAUGAAGAUCAGGAUCGGAUCUACGUGGGCAGCAAAGAUCAUAUUCUGUCUUUGAAUAUUAAUAAUAUAAGCCAGGAUCCCCUCAGUAUUUUCUGGCCAGCAUCAGCAAACAAGGUUGAAGAGUGCAAAAUGGCUGGCAAAGAUCCUACACACGGAUGUGGAAAUUUUGUGCGUGUGAUACAGUCAUACAAUCGAACACACCUGUACGUCUGUGGCAGCGGUGCCUUCAGCCCCGUGUGUGUGUAUGUCAACAGAGGGCGCAGGUCCGAGGAACAAAUCUUCAAGAUCGACUCCAAGUGUGAAUCAGGCAAGGGACGCUGUUCUUUCAACCCUAAUGUGAACACGGUGUCUGUUAUGAUCAAUGAAGAGCUUUUUUCAGGAAUGUAUAUUGAUUUCAUGGGGACGGAUGCAGCCAUUUUUCGAAGUCUGACCAGGAGGAAUGCAGUGCGAACUGACCAGCACAACUCCAAGUGGCUGAGUGAGCCUAUUUUUGUGGAUGCUCACCUUAUCCCAGAUGGCACUGACCCCAAUGAUGCCAAAAUCUACUUCUUCUUCAAAGAGAGACUCACAGACAACAGCGGCAGCACAAAGCAAAUUCAUUCAAUGAUUGCAAGAAUAUGCCCAAAUGACACAGGUGGUCAGCGUAGUCUCGUAAACAAGUGGACAACGUUCUUGAAAGCAAGACUUGUGUGCUCAGUAAUGGAUGAAGAUGGAACAGAAACAUAUUUUGAUGAACUAGAGGAUGUGUUUCUUCUAGAGACAGAUAACCCCAGAACAACACUUGUGUAUGGAAUUUUUACAACAUCAAGCUCCAUAUUUAAAGGCUCAGCUGUGUGUGUUUAUCAUCUAUCUGACAUCCAGACUGUGUUCAAUGGGCCGUUUGCACACAAGGAGGGCCCAAACCACCAGCUGAUUCCAUAUCAGGGCAGAAUUCCGUACCCGCGACCUGGCACCUGUCCAGGGGGAGCCUUCACACCUAAUAUGCGGACAACCAAAGAGUUUCCAGACGAUGUUGUGACCUUCAUCAGGAAUCACCCUUUGAUGUUUAAUCCCAUUUACCCAAUACACAAAAGGCCACUAAUCGUCCGGAUAGGAGCCGACUACAAGUACACAAAGAUUGCUGUGGAUCGAGUGAAUGCUGCUGAUGGAAGAUAUCACGUCUUAUUUCUUGGAACAGAUCAAGGAACUGUACAAAAAGUUGUUGUCCUACCCACCAACUUCUCUGCAAGUGGAGAACUCAUUUUAGAAGAGCUGGAGGUUUUUCAGAGUAAUUCUCCUAUAACAACAAUGAAGAUUUCAUCUAAAAAGCAACAGUUGUACGUGAGCUCAGAUGAAGGGGUCACCCAGGUAUCCUUGCAUCGCUGCCACAUCUACGGGACCGCCUGCGCUGACUGCUGCCUAGCCCGAGAUCCAUACUGUGCCUGGGAUGGCAACUCCUGCUCCAGGUUUUAUCCCACAGGGAAAAGGAGGAGUCGUAGGCAAGAUGUGAGACAUGGAAACCCUCUGACUCAGUGCCGAGGUUUCAACCUGAAAGCAUACAGAAAUGCUGCAGAAAUAGUUCAGUAUGGAGUAAAAAAUAAUACCACCUUUCUUGAAUGCACACCCAAAUCUCCUCAGGCUUCUAUUAAAUGGCUGCUACAGAAAGACAAUGACAGAAGGAAAGAGGUCAAGCUGAAUGAGAGGAUCAUAGCUACUGAGCAAGGACUCCUCAUUCGCUCUGUCCAAGACAGCGACCGGGGGCUUUAUCAUUGCAUCGCAACAGAGAACAACUUCAAGCAGACCUUAGCAAAGAUCAAUUUCAAAGUGUUGGAUUCAGAGAUGGUGGCCUUAAUGACUGACAAGUGGUCCCCUUGGACCUGGGCCAGCUCGGUGCGAGCGCUGCAGUUCCACCCAAAGGACUUUGUGGGAGCUUUCAGCCACUCAGAAAUGCAGAUGAUUAACCAGUACUGCAAAGACAGUAGACAGCAAGGUCAGCAGAGGGAAGAAUCCCAGAAGAUGAGAGGGGACUACAGCAAACUAAAGGCCCUUAUCAAUAGCAGGAAAAGUAGAAAUAGAAGGAAUCAAUUACCUGGAUCUUAAUUUUAUUUUGUAGUAAUAGUUAUCUUUGUCCUCACUGUAGGGGGCUUAUAUUUG